CACGAUGGCGGCGGCUUCGGGAAAGUCAACUACAGAAUUUUUGUCUUAUGUUUACGAAUAUCUGAAAGAGUCAUGUAAAGAUGCGGCACAGACAUUUCAGAAAAAGUUCAAAGUGAAACCGCCUGUUGCUGGCUCACCAAAGCUCCCACAGAUCUAUGAGGAAUGGGCAAAAGGCAAAAGGAAACAAGAGGACAGCAGUGCGCCUCCAGCAAAGAAGGCAAAGCAAGAGUCCUCAGACUCAUCAAGUGAAUCGGAAGAAGAAGGUCCAAAAUCUUCCUCUAACAUUCAACAAACGCCAACAGGCCGCCCAGCUACUAAACGCCAGCAUUCAUCAAGCAGUUCUGACUCUGACAGCUCAGACUCCAACACUGACAAGAAGGCAUCUGCAAAGAAGCCACCUGCUAAAAAAAGUACUCCAGCACCUGUCACCAAACAACCCGCCAAGAAAGAGGACUCAAGCAGCUCAGAUGACUCAGAUUCUGAGUCGGAAGAAGAUAAAUCAAAUGUGAAACUCAAGGCUAAAGUAUUGUCAAAGAAACCUCAGACUCCAGCAACCAAAACAAAAGGUAAACCGGCAGAAUCCAGUUCAGAAUCAGACUCUGAUUCAGAUGAUGACGAUGCAAAGAAGCCGAACAUAAAAACUAAAGUAAAUGAAGGCAAGUCAACAGCAGUCAAAUCAUCGGCAGAAAAGUCAUCUAAAGCUGCACAGAAGGCAGCCAGCUCUAGUUCGUCUGAAUCCAGCUCUGAGGAAGAUGAGAAAGUUAAGAAACUUCAAUCGCCUGCAAAGAAGACCCCUGCAACAUCUGCAAAGAAGUCCCCUGCAACAGCUACAAAGAAGUCCCCUGCAACAGCUACAAAGAAGUCCCCAGCGGUGAAGACUCCAGCCAAGAAGGCUGAAAGCUCCAGCUCUUCAGAUUCCAGCUCCGAGGAAGAUGAUAAAGUCAAAAAACCAGCUACUUCACAGCAGAUUAAGCCAGCUGCAGAGACGCCCAAUAAAAAGGCUGAAAGCUCCAGUUCUUCAGAAUCUAGCUCAGAAGAUGAAACUGUAAAAAAAUCAGCAACCCCAGCUCAGAAGAAACUAACAACACCAACUGGAGCAAAAGUAGCAUCAAAGGCAUCAAAUAAGAAAGCGGAAAGCUCUAGUUCCGAUUCUAGCUCUGAAGAUGAAAAAAAUGCGAAGAAAUCUGGAUCCUCAGCUCAGAAGAAACCAGCAGCAGCAUCUGUGUCCAAACCAGGAACAAAGGCUACAGCAAAGAAAGCAGAAAGUUCUAGUUCUGAAGAAUCCAGUUCUGAAGAUGAAAAAGCCAAGAAACCAGCUACAACUCCUCAGAAGAAACUGACCACAAAGACUCCAGCAAAGAAUGCUGAAGACUCCAGUUCCUCCGACUCUAGUUCAGAUGAUGAUGAUGAUGCAGCAAAGAAGCCAGCAGUUGCUGUUCCAAAGAAAACAGCUACUCCAGCAAAACCACCAGCAAAGGGGCAAGCGAAAAAGGCUGAAAGUUCCAGUUCAUCAGAUUCCAGCUCAGAAGAAGAUGAAAGUUCAAAGAAAACAAAAACUUCUGUUGUGCAGAAACCAGCAGUUAAGGUGGCAACAGCUAAAAAAGACAGCUCUAGUUCUUCAGAUUCUAGCUCUGAAGAUGAAGCUGAAACUAAAGCGAAGACAGUUGCUCAGAAGAAACCAGCAACUCCAGUGACAAAGCCAGUUGCAAAUGCAACAGGAAAGAAAGCUGAUAGCUCUAGUUCUUCAGAUUCUAGCUCUGAAGAUGAAGCUGAAACUAAAGCGAAGACAGUUGCUCAGAAGAAACCAGCAGCUCCAGUGACUAAACCAGUUGCAAAUGCGACAGGAAAGAAAGCUGAUAGUUCAAGUUCCUCAGAUUCUAGCUCUGAAGAUGAAGCUGAAAGUAAAGCAAAGGCAGUUGCUCAGAAAAAAACAGUAAUUCCAGCAUCUAAACCAGUGACAAAAGCGACGGGAAAGAAGGCUGAUAGCUCUAGUUCUUCAGAUUCUAGCUCUGAAGAGGAGGAAACUGCAAAGAAACCACAAACCGCUGCUCAGAAGAAACAAGCCUCCCAGGGUAAACCAGCAGCUGGAACUCCCGCAAAGAAAGUAGAGAGUUCAAGCUCUUCAGAUUCUAGUUCUAAAGAAGAAACUGCCAAGAAAGUGGUAACACUUAAUCAAAAGAAAUCAGCGGCUCCUACACCGAAGAAAACACCGACAAAUGUGACUUUAAAGAAAGAUAAAACUUGUACUUCUCCUGCUGCCAAGAAAACUGAAAGCUCUAGUUCUUCUGAAUCUAGUUCUGAAGAAGAGGAAAGCUCCAAGAAACCAGCCACACCUGUCCAGAAAAAAAUGGCUACUCCUAGCAAGACAAAAUCUGGACAAGGCUCUGAUACGUCAGACUCGGACUCGGACUCUGAUUCUUCCAGUGACGAGAAGACCAAAGCAGUAAGUCCAAAGAAGGGUGUUAAAGCUCAAACCCAUGUGUCAAAUAAAAACCCCAGUGCUGGCAAAACAACUCCAAACUCCAGUAAGAUAAAUUCAAAAGACAGUUCUAGUUCGGAUUCAGAUUCCAGUUCUGACGAGCCGUCUAAAGGUAGCAAGAAAAAGGUGGCCAAUGGAACUCCAAAGACCACGCCAAAGUCAGCAUUGUCUGCUAAGAGUGGUAGUAAAGACUCAGGCUCUUCUGAUUCUGACUCUAUCGCAGACGAUGUGAUAAAGACUGCUUUAGUGAAUGGCACUGUGGGUGCAUUGACGUCUACACCGUUAACGGGACCCAGUGGUAAAUGUGAUAGUGACUCUGGGUUACCAACGUCUUCUGAGGAAGAGAAAAACGGAAAGUCAAAGAAAAAGCUGAAUCAGUCAAAGAAUAGUACUCCAUUCCGGAGAGUGAAAACUGAGGACAUACCGGUUGACCCAAGGCUGAAGGACAACUCAUUUGAAGCUAAGAAGGGUGCUAAAGGAUCCUGGGGAGAGAAGGCCAACAAAGAUCUGAAAUUCACAAAAGGGAAGUCAUUCCGACACGAAAAAACGAAGAAAAAGCGAGGGAGUUACAAGGGUGGCCCGAUUGACUCAAACAGUGUACACUCGAUCAGAUUUGACAGUGACUAACGACUCAAGUGGGAAUGGCACUCGAAGACUGAACAGUUCUGUGUCCAAGAGGUUCCCAUGGUG